AUGACAAGAAGAGGCUGUAAUCCUGCGACGGGCGCUGGCCUGGGUGCCCUCCAGGCCGGCUCCCAAGAAGCAUCAGUCCGCGCCCCUGGUGCGCGCUCGGCGCUCAGUCUAGGGCCCGCAGGUCUCGGGAUUUGCCGGGAUGACUCUCUUCCCACAGGGUCAGGUCUCUCCGCAGCCCCCGGGAGCAGGCGGCCUCCUGGGCCGACGACCACACGGGGACCUUCGGCACUCCCUCGAACGUCCCUCCUCCCCCCACCUCCCCCCGAGGAUGAGCACAGAUUCCAGACCACGCGCACCAGCUACAACAAAAUCUCCGAAAAGGGUCGGCCCAAAGCCAGCUGGCUUGCGCUCAUCUACUCAGGAUCCUGGGCGGAGAGCGCCAGCGAGGAGGGCCAGAUGCCGGCGGAGGCGGGGCAGCAGGCGGACGGUGCGUGUUCCCACGGGAUGAAGCUCAGCUGGGACAUCAACGACCCGCAGAUGCCUCGGGAGCCAGACCACUUCGACCGCUUCUGCGAGUGGCCGGACGGCUACGUGCGCCUCAUCUACCGCAGUGGCGAGAAGAAGGCGCAACGCCAUCUGAGCGGCUGGGCCAUGCGGAACACCAACAACCACAACGGCCACAUCCUCAAGAAGUCGUGCCUGGGCGUGGUGGUGUGUGCGCGGGACUGCACCCUGCCCGACGGCUCCCGUCUGCAGCUGCGGCCUGCCAUCUGCGACAAAGCCAGGCUGAAGCAGCAGAAGAAGGCAUGCCCCAACUGUCAUGCUGCUUUGGAGUUGAUCCCCUGUCGAGGGCACAGCGGGUACCCUGUAACCAACUUUUGGCGGCUUGAUGGCAAUGCAAUAUUUUUUCAGGCCAAGGGAGUUCAUGAUCACCCAAGACCAGAGAGUAAAUCAGAGACAGAAGCUCGAAGAAGUGCUAUCAAGAGACAAAUGGCUUCUUUUUACCAACCCCAGAAAAAGAGAAUUCGAGAACCCGAGGCAGGAGAGAAUCAAGAUAACGGUGGCCAUUUCAGCAACAUACCUUCCCUGGAGAACCCAGAGGAGUUUGAUAUAAUUCCUGACACUGGCUUCCCUGUUCCAGGGCAGCCUUGCUUUUCCUUUCCAAACUCGGAUGCUUACAAAGCUACCUGUGACCUAGCUGCCUUUCAAGGAGAUAUAGUACCACCCUUUCAGAAAUAUCCAAACCCAAGAAUCUUUUUGCCUAGGCCACCCUGCAGCUAUGAAUUGGCAGGCCCUGGUUACACAAAUUCAGGCCCGUAUUAUCCCACCCUUUAUAAAGAUGCCAGCAGUAUUCCUGAUGACACGGACUGGGUUCAUCUGAAUGCACUGCAAUACAAUAUCAACUCCUACGGCAGCUUUGAGAGAAGCUUUGAUUUCACCAGUAAACAGCCUGGCUGGAAACCAGCUCUUGGAAAAGCUGACCUUGGGGAGAGCACUGACCAUGGACAGUUCCAGGCCGCGGCCGCUCGCCCUUAUUACAACCCAGAGCUUCCCUCCAGGUACCUCACGACGGCCCCGCCAUCUGCUCCAGCCCUGCAGACAGUAAUCACCACCACCACCAAAGUGUCCUACCAGGCCUACCAGCCCCCUGCUCUGAAAUGCUGUGACAAUGUGCGGGAAGUUACGAGCCUUUCUGGCUGUAACUAUGAUUCUGAAAACACCCAAAUGUCCAUCUAUCUGGAAGACUUGGACCUUCCAGCUACAGUCGCCAUGGCAGCCUCUCCAACAGCAUCACUUCCUUUGAAAAUUCCUGGAGAUUGCCGGACCAUCAGACACACUUUGCCUUUUCCUCAAGACUCAGCACCCUCCUGGACAGACGGAGCAGAGACGUGGGAUGUGUGUCCAUCUGGACCGGGGUCUACAAUUAGUUAUUCAGAGAGAAUCAGUCCGUUCUUUAGCUAUGACCAUGAGGACUUUUGA